AUGAGCCCACCCAUCACCCCCAUCACCCACCCAUCACCCCCCAUCACCCACCCAUCACCCCCAUCACCCCCCAUCACCCCCCAUCACCCACCCAUCACCCCCCAUCACCCACCCAUCACCCCCCAUCACCCCCCAUCACCCACCCAUCACCCACCCAUCACCCGCCCAUCACCCACCCAUCACCCCCAUCACCCCCCAUCACCCACCCAUCACCCCCAUCACCCCCCAUCACCCACCCAUCACCCACCCAUCACCCACCCAUCACCCCCCAUCACCCCAUCACCCCCCAUCACCCACCCAUCACCCACCCAUCACCCCCCAUCACUCACCCAUCACCCCCAUCACCCGCCCAUCACCCACCCAUCACCCCCCAUCACCCCCAUCACCCACCCAUCACCCCCCAUCACCCCCCAUCACCCACCCAUCACCCCCCAUCACCCCCCAUCACCCACCCAUCACCCCCCAUCACCCACCCAUCACCCCCCAUCACUCACCCAUCACCCCCAUCACCCGCCCAUCACCCACCCAUCACCCCCCAUCACCCCCCAUCACCCACCCAUCACCCCCCAUCACCCCCCAUCACCCACCCAUCACCCCCCAUCACCCCCCAUCACCCACCCAUCACCCCCCAUCACCCGCCCAUCACCCCCAUCACCCGCCCAUCACCCCCAUCACCCGCCCAUCACCCCCAUCACCCGCCCAUCACCCCCAUCACCCGCCCAUCACCCACCCAUCACCCCCAUCACCCGCCCAUCACCCCCAUCACCCGCCCAUCACCCACCCAUCACCCCCAUCACCCCCAUCACCCCCCAUCACCCACCCAUCACCCCCCAUCACCCACCCAUCACCCCCAUCACCCCCAUCACCCCCCAUCACCCACCCAUCACCCCCAUCACCCACCCAUCACCCCCCAUCACCCACCCAUCACCCCCCAUCACCCACCCAUCACCCCCCAUCACCCGCCCAUCACCCGCCCAUCACCCCCAUCACCCACCCAUCACCCCCAUCACCCCCAUCACCCCCCAUCACCCCCCAUCACCCACCCAUCACCCACCCAUCACCCCCCAUCACCCCCCAUCACCCACCCAUCACCCGCCCAUCACCCACCCAUCACCCCCAUCACCCCCCAUCACCCACCCAUCACCCCCAUCACCCCCCAUCACCCACCCAUCACCCACCCAUCACCCACCCAUCACCCCCCAUCACCCCAUCACCCCCCAUCACCCACCCAUCACCCACCCAUCACCCCCCAUCACUCACCCAUCACCCCCAUCACCCGCCCAUCACCCACCCAUCACCCCCCAUCACCCCCAUCACCCACCCAUCACCCCCCAUCACCCCCCAUCACCCACCCAUCACCCCCCAUCACCCCCCAUCACCCACCCAUCACCCCCCAUCACCCACCCAUCACCCCCCAUCACUCACCCAUCACCCCCAUCACCCGCCCAUCACCCACCCAUCACCCCCCAUCACCCCCCAUCACCCCCCAUCACCCCCCAUCACCCACCCAUCACCCCCCAUCACCCCCCAUCACCCACCCAUCACCCCCCAUCACCCGCCCAUCACCCCCAUCACCCGCCCAUCACCCCCAUCACCCGCCCAUCACCCCCAUCACCCGCCCAUCACCCCCAUCACCCGCCCAUCACCCGCCCAUCACCCCCAUCACCCGCCCAUCACCCACCCAUCACCCCCAUCACCCGCCCAUCACCCCCAUCACCCGCCCAUCACCCACCCAUCACCCCCAUCACCCCCCAUCACCCACCCAUCACCCACCCAUCACCCCCCAUCACCCACCCAUCACCCACCCAUCACCCCCCAUCACCCACCCAUCACCCCCCAUCACCCACCCAUCACCCCCAUCACCCCCAUCACCCCCCAUCACCCACCCAUCACCCCCAUCACCCACCCAUCACCCCCCAUCACCCACCCAUCACCCCCCAUCACCCCCCAUCACCCACCCAUCACCCCCCAUCACCCGCCCAUCACCCGCCCAUCACCCCCAUCACCCACCCAUCACCCCCAUCACCCCCAUCACCCCCCAUCACCCCCCAUCACCCACCCAUCACCCACCCAUCACCCACCCAUCACCCCCCAUCACCCACCCAUCACCCCCAUCACCCCCAUCACCCCCCAUCACCCACCCAUCACCCCCAUCACCCACCCAUCACCCCCCAUCACCCACCCAUCACCCGCCCAUCACCCGCCCAUCAGGACAGACUGCCCCCCUUCUGUUUAGAGCAGCUCUUCCAGUAA